GGGCGAAGGACAGGCAUGAUGGCGUCUGCGGGGAUAGGACUACGGCGGCUCCUGGUGGCCGGUUCGAAAGCGAGCAGGAGGGGAGUGACCACUCCUCUCCUGCCUGUAGCUGGUCCCAGGGUUCAUUAUCAUGUGACACCCUCUUGCAGCUACAUACCCCGGAGAGCCGUUCUCUACGUGCCUGCAGAUGAUGUAAGAAAAAUACAGAAGAUCCCAACUCUCAACGUUGAUUGUGCAGUGCUAGAUUGUGAAGAUGGUGUUGCUCUAAAUAGAAAGGCAGAAGCUAGAAUAAAAACUGUGGAAGCCCUUGAGAACUUCGACUUUGGUCAGACAGAGAAAUGUGUUAGGAUCAAUUCAGUGUCUAGUGGUCUUGCAGAAGAAGAUAUGAAGGUCAUUUUGAAAUCCAAGAUUCUUCCUACUAGCCUGAUGCUCCCGAAGGUUGACAACGUAGAAGAAAUAAAAUGGUUUAUAGAGAAAUGUGCGUGGCACUUACAAAGCCGAACACUCGUAGAGCCGAUCAAUUUCAUUCCUUUUGUCGAAACUGCAAUGGGUUUGCUCAAUUUUAAGGCUGUUUGUGAAGAAACUCUGAGAAGAGAACCACAGGUUGGCCUUCAUUUAGAUGCUGUGGUAUUUGGAGGCGAGGAUUUUCGUGCCAGUAUAGGAUCAACAAGUAGUAAAGACACUCAUGAUAUUCUUUAUGCACGGCAAAAAAUUAUCGUCACAGCAAAAGCUUUUGGCUUGCAGGCCAUAGACCUUGUCUAUAUAGACUUCCGGGAUGAUGAUGGGUUACGUCAGCAAUCAAAAGACGGUGCCUCAAUGGGUUUUACUGGUAAGCAGGUGAUCCACCCUAAUCAAGUUCCCAUUGUCCAGGAACAAUUUUCCCCAAGCCUUGAAAAAAUAAAGUGGGCACAGGAACUGAUUACAGCUUUUGAAGAACAUCAGCGUGCAGGAAAGGGUGCCUUCACGUUCCAUGGUAGCAUGAUAGACAUGCCAUUACUGAAACAAGCCCAAAAUAUUGUUACACUUGCUACUGCCAUCAAGAAAAAAUAAUCUGCUAAAUAACCUUUUCCCAGAGUGAUUCCAGGAGCUUCUUCAAGAAAAAUUAUAUAAUACCAAGAGUAAGGAUAGUGCAACGCUUCAUAUUUCAAUCAAAUUCAGAAUACAUGUCCAACAACUUUGAUCUAUUCUUCUUACUGGAUGUCAAUGAGAAUGCUAAGAUUGAAGCCUGUUUUCUAUGACAAAUGAGUUGUGACAGACCUGAAAGCAAACCUGUUUCCUUUGGAAAAGCAACCAAUUAAAAUCAAUCAGUGAUGUGGA